AUGCCGGUUCCCACUUCUCCCACUAUGCCGAAAUCGUGUCUUAAAGUCGCACCAUGUGAGCCCUCUGAAGUUAUUUCUUCAAACCCUCAUGCAAAAUUAGCAAGGGUUCGGAUCAGCAACUGUGAACAGACAAUUCCAGAUGUACCUUAUGAUUUCUGCGAAAAAGACGUUCUGCAUGACUUUCUAGUUGACUCUAUUAUCAAAGAAUUUAAAUUGCAGACAUUGCGAGAAAAAUCUAACUCAAUGAAUAAGAUUACCCGCCGUAAAUUAUUGAAGGCAAACACCGAUAUUGAUUCUUUUAUCCUCGAUAACCCUCGUGCUGUGCGAUCUUCCUAUGAAUCAUGUAGGAAAAAUAUCCAGAAGCACUCAGGCCAUAAUCACUAUCUUCUAGACAAUGAAGUCCAUAGUGGCUUUAAGCGUCAGAAUCCUAAUCGGCACGACGCUGCCUAUCUUUUAUUGGAUCUUAGCCCAAUCCGUCAUCGGUCCCCUGAAUUAAAUAAUGCUACCAAAAGGGCUUAUGAUAACAAAGUGGCUCACGUCUCUCCUGGUCCUGGCUGUCUACGACCGAUCAAGUCUUGCAAUCUUUACGAUUCAACUCCUUAUGACCUCAAGUAUCCGCAUGUUUCUUCUUACUUGAGCAGUUCUGGACAAAUUCGCAGACGCAGGCAUUCUUAUGCUCGAACCUCCCAUCAUUUGGCAUCUAACUCCAACUUAGAUACGACCAACAAAAAGAAAAUAAGUAAGAGGCUCAAAGAUUAUGGAGAACAUUACCCAAUUAGCGAUAGUGAGAUCUCAGUUAAUCACCAAUCUAAAGGUCCUUGUACAUCUUGCUACGAGGAUAGAUAUUCCUCUAAAUAUGCAGAAGAAACUUCCAAAUCGCGCAUGGGUGCAACGCAUAAAAAGUCGUUCACUGAUUGUGAACCUAAAAACCGUUUCCGUGACCAUAUACAAGAGCCACUCCCAAAGAAUGCUAAUUCAAUGCAUAACCGAACUAAUGAUCAAAGAAACUGCAUAGGUCCAAAGGCAAGUGGAUUUGAAUCCAAAAGAAAUUCCUGGUUUGUGGGGCUGGUUCGCCGCUAUGCCUUUUUCCUCCCCUGA